CUUCGAACCACCCAAACACCCAAAAAAAAGAAGGCAAAAAAAGAAAAAAUCUCACCACGAGCAGCACAAGAACUCCUCUCCUCUCUUCUCUUCUCCCCUACUCCUUGAUUGAAAACCCACGCAUCCUCCUCCUUCCCAUUGCGCAUUCCGGCUAGUCGCCUCGCCGAUCCCUCUCCCGCCCGGCGCGGAUCGUCGUCCCCUUCGCGGAGGAGGUGUUAAUCAUUCUUGGACCAAGAAGUCUGUCUCUGCUUUGUCAGUAACUAGCAACCUUGGUGUUCUCAUGGCUCAUUCUCAUGAAAUGACGAGUAGGAAACCUCCUGGUAUUCGAUUAUUCGGAGGCAUUACGGUGCUACGGACGUACCAGACACUUGUUUUGGUGCUUACAUUUGUCGCGUAUACUUGCUUUCAUAUGACUAGGAAGAUACCGAGUAUUGUUAAGAGCGUGCUUGAUCCACAGACAAAGUUGGGGUCCUCUCCAUGGGGACGACUGCACACAAAAAACACUCUUAACAUCGGUUGGUUGCCGUUUAACACCAUUGAUGGCUCAGCAUUGCUUGGUGAGAUAGAUGUGGCGUUUCUUGCGGUUUAUUCUGUUGGGAUGUUCUUUGCUGGACAUCUUGGUGACCGCAUGGAUUUAAGGAUCUUCCUGACAAUUGGCAUGUUUGGAACUGCUGUGUUCACUGCCCUUUUUGGUGCUGGAUAUUGGCUAAAUAUCCACAAUUUCUACUAUUUCCUGGUCAUUCAGAUGAUUGCCGGUUUAUUCCAAGCAAUUGGAUGGCCUUCAGUUGUCGCGAUUGUUGGAAACUGGUUUGGAAAAAGCAAGAGGGGAUUGAUUAUGGGCAUUUGGAAUGCACACACUUCUGUCGGCAACAUAUCUGGUUCACUGCUGGCUGCAUUUCUGCUGAAGUUUGGGUGGGGCUGGUCAUUUGCCAUCCCCAGCUUAAUCAUGGUUGCUGUCGGGUUGUUGGUGUUUGUCUUCUUACCGGUUAGCCCAGAGGUGAUGGAGAUAGACAUUGAUGAUGGGGAGAUAAGCUCUGUUAAGGAUACUACCAAGGAGCCCCUCUUGGAACCAGGACAAGAAGUGAAACACAAUGCAGUAGGUUUCUUAGAGGCUUGGAAGAUACCUGGAGUUGCGCCCUUUGCUCUGUGCCUCUUCUUCUCCAAAUUGGUUGCUUACACCUUCUUGUAUUGGCUACCGUUCUACAUCAGUCAUACACCUAUUGGCGGUGAGUACCUCUCAGAUGCUUUGGCUGGCAGCCUAUCAACAAUCUUUGAUGUUGGAGGCGUGUUGGGUGGAGUCCUUGCUGGUCACAUCUCGGAUCGCUUAAAUGCACGAGCGGUUACAGCUGCCAGCUUCAUGUACUGCGCGAUACCUGCCCUCUUCCUAUACCGCACAUACGGCAGCAUGUCGAUAAUGUGGAACAUUUGCCUCAUGUUCAUCACCGGGAUGUUCGUCAAUGGUCCUUAUGCCCUAAUCACAACUGCAGUGUCAGCUGACCUUGGCACUCACAGCUCAUUGAAUGGAAAUUCCCGGGCAUUGGCUACUGUGACAGCCAUCAUUGACGGGACCGGGUCUGUUGGCGCCGCCAUUGGGCCAUUGCUGACAGGCUACAUCUCGUCGAGUAGUUGGAGCGCUGUGUUCACGAUGCUUAUGGCAGCAGCUCUCCUUGCUGGGCUCCUCUUGACACAACUUGUGUGCAGUGAACUAAAAGGAAAGGCGACCUCCAAUGCGAGCAAGGAUGUCGCCGAUGCUCAAGGUACCUACUCAGAUGAGGUGUAAGACUGUAAGUAAGAUCUAGUCGCACCCCAAGACACGAUACAUGGAUUAGAUUCUCGUAGCUCCAAAGCACUGCUUGGCAAGAAGUUGCAUUUUAUUGCUUCCUGCACAUGUCUUGAUCACCUCUGGUUUGAGGCUGAAAUAACCAAAGAGAUGUGGUUACCAAGUGGUUUGCUUAAUGCAACUCCAGAAAGAGGUGCAUGAAAUAGAUAGAUUAGUUUAGUUUCAGGUUCAGAGAAUACAGGGGUGAAAACGCCUCAACCAAAGUUUCUGAGCCCAAAUAUAGGCUCAGGCCGCCUUGUACAUAUACUGGGCAAUAGGUUAUCAUUGUGUUGUGUGUAGUAAGUAUAAAUUCAAGCUUGUAUCCUAUUGUUGUAGUUUAGGGCAGACAAAGGGAACCUCUCUUGUUCAAAGGUUACCCAAAGUCUGUGUUUGCUGGCCAUCUUGGCCUCGUUUUGUAUAUGUAAAGUUGAGAAGAUUGAGAAAAUUUUGAAUUGAGGUUUCAAGAAAGUGAAUUGUUCUCA